UAGAAUAUUGGUAUUCACAAUCACAAUAUGGAUAAUGAUUAGGUUAUUACAUAUUUACGAGUCACCAAAUCUUAUCAUACACUAGUAUUUAUAGCCCAACAUUUGAUUUUCCUUUUUUAAUUAUACAAAAUUUACCUCUCAGUUGUACGGAGUACAUGGAUUCAGAGAACUCAGUGUUCCUGGGAGGCAUGGAAGCUGAUGUCUGCAUCGUAAAAACCCUAAUUUUCUCUCUGUAAAACCCACAUUAGGUUUAUGAUUUUUGAGUUUUUGGUGUUUUUGUUUUGAAUAGUUCGAUUCGAUAACAAAGAUGGUGAAGCUUGUGGUUCUUGUUUAUUUUUUUCUCUCUUUAAUGGCUUGUACGGCGUCUGCUAAUGUGGUGUUGAUGGGCAGCAACGUGACUUUAUCGUUCCGAGGCAUCGAAGCUACCUUUGCUCCACCCGUAAAAGGGUCUGGGAAGGGUGGCAAGUUGUACUUAGCGGAGCCUCUUGAUGCAUGUUCACAAUUGACUAAUAAGGUUGGUUCAUCUAAAUGUAAUGCCAGUUUGCCAUUUGCAUUGAUUAUUAGAGGAGGAUGCCAUUUUGAGGAUAAAGUUAGAAGAGCACAAACUGCAGGGUUCAAAGCAGCCAUUAUCUAUGACAAUGUAUAUGGUGAUUUGGUUUCAAUGGCAGGAAGUUCAUCUGGUGUAAAAAUACCUGCUGUGCUUGUUUCCAAAGCUUCAGGAGAAGUACUCACAAAGUACGCAGGUGUUACCAACAUGCAACUGUGGAUAAUCCCGAGCUUUGAGGACUCAGCAUGGUCAAUCAUGGCCAUAUCUUUCAUUUCAUUACUUGCCAUGUCUGCAGUGCUGGCUACUUGUUUCUUUGUCCGGAGGCAUCGCAUAAGACGUGAACGGCCUCAACCUUCAAAUGUUAGGGAAUUCCAUGGGAUGAGCAGUCGUCUAGUAAAAGCAAUGCCAAGCCUAAUAUUCACAGCUGUUUUAGAGGAUAAUUGUACUUCAACAACAUGUGCUAUAUGUCUUGAAGACUAUAGCGUUGGUGAGAAGCUCAGAAUUUUGCCUUGUCGUCACAAAUUUCAUGCUUUUUGUGUCGAUGCUUGGCUUACUACAUGGAGAACCUUUUGCCCAGUUUGCAAGCGUGAUGUCAGAACCAGCAUUGUUGAUCCACCAGCAUCAGAAUGCACACCAUUGCUUUCAUCCAGCCCUGCAGCCUCCGUUGCUUCAUCUGCUGUGUCGUCAUCAGUCAGAUCAUCAUUAGCAUCAUCAUCGGCAGUACAAAUAGCCCCAUCUUCGUUUUGGUCUCCAGUUUCUCAUGCUCAUUCCUUUGCUAGCCCUCCUUAUGUGCAGCAGUCUCCUCAGACAUACCGCCAAUCCCCUUACCUAAGUGUAAGCCGAAGCUCAGUGGACCUUAGGAAUGCAUCCUUUCAAAGAUCUCAUGCUUCCCAUUUGGUUUCUCCCUGCUCAUUGGGUUACCCUUCUCUCUCACCUGCUAAUUCGAGAUACUUGUCUUCACAUAUUCCUAGUCCUAGCAAUGCUUCGCUGAGUUACAUUGGCUCUUCUAGUCAGCAGCCACAUCCACUGCAUUGUAGUGAGUCAGCUGCGAGCUUUUCUCCGUUUGCUUCUGCACAAUCACUUCCAGGAUGUUGAUUCAAAUUCUAGUAUAUUAUGGAAAGCUGAUUAUAUUCAAAGUCGACUAAAUGGUGAUUUGUGUUCCUUUGACUUCUGCUUCAGAAGUUGGGACAUCAUGUGCAUUGGGUUCGACCUGACAUGAUGCGUUUGCCAGUGACACAAAUAUCUGGAACUGAUGGGUUGCGUCUGUUUUGUACAUUGUAGCUUAAGGUUUGGGUUAUCUUAAUUAGUUUGAUAAUUGUGUUUUUUCAUAUGAGGCGUCUCAAGUUUCUCUCACUAUGACGAGUGUUUCAUGUCUUCUUGAUUUUUGUUGAACAUUGAGAUUUCACUAGUCUUCAUCGGUGAAUAGUUAAACCAUUAUAAGAAACAAAAUUUAGUGCUUUGUAGAAAUUUACCGCUUGAAGUUAUGUUUGCAUGUGAUUUUGCCAAUGAAAUGGUUUUUGCUCUCUUA